UGAUGACAGAAGUUUUAAACUCCCAAUCGGCUCACCAAGGCUUAGUCUGGCAGGAUUUAAAAUCGAUGCGUGCCAUGACUGACUCUAUCAUACAUGAAUGUAGCGGCUACAGUCCAGUCUUGAUGUUCAUGAUGGGAGCAAGCUAUUCAAAAGUCCAAGAAGAACUCACUCUUGAAGCCUUUCUGGAAAUAGCGGCUAAAAUCCAGGCUAAAAUUCAGUACUUUGGUCAAGACAGUCCUGAAGCUAAGAGGAUUUACAAAGAGCUGAAUACCAAAGCUGACAUUAGGGAUGUUCUCAAUCUCCCAUUUUUCAAAAUGAAGACUCUAGAGGAGGUCAAAGGAUCUGAAUCAUCAGAAAUUAGCAAAGAUAGUCUAAAAAACAGGAGCGUGAUGGAAUCUAAUACUAGUGAAGAUACCACAUCAGGAAUUCUGAUGCUUGAAAAAUCAUGGAUCUCCCAAGGAGUCUUCUUUGUAAUAAAGAUGGCAAAAUCUUUAUCUUCAUUUACUCCUUUUCAAAGUUCACCGUUGAAUAUAGUAAAAAUCUUUAAAAGGGUCUCACCGUGACAUAUAGUACAGUCUACAUAUACAGACUCACGAAGAAUGACCAUGAAGGAUUCCAUGGCUUAGCCUAUUCAAACCAGCCGGACAAUAAAUAGUUGUAUUUAUUCCAGGAAUUUGGUCAAACUCUUGAACAAAUUUAUCCAGGAAAUUCAAGAACAUCUUUUUGGAUCUGCCU